GCUAUUCCAAACACCGAAACGACAGAGAACAAGUUUCAAUCGUUCCAGUGAACAUGUGGUUCCUCAUAUUUGGAACUUGCCUGGCUGCGGCUUUAGCAAAACCAGUUCACAUUCACUAUCCAGUGCAUGUUUACCACGGACCACCUGCACCUCUUGGCAAGGAUGGACGUGUAGUUGACACCCCGGAAGUGGCUCACGCUAAAGCAGCUCACUUCCAUGCCUACCAAGAAGAAGCAGCCAAAAGUUCUCAUCAUCACUACGCACCAGCCCUCGAACAUGGUGGAUUUGAAAGUGGACAUGGUGGUCACGAUAUUCAUUCCCAAGAUUUCCAUUACCACGGUCCACCAGCUCCUCUUUCUCAUGACGGAAGAGUCGUGGACACCCCUGAAGUUGCCCACGCUAAAGCAGCACAUUUCCACGCAUAUCACGAAGAAUUAUCCAAAGUUAGCCAUCAUCCUGAGAGCGAUGGACCUCAUUACCUAAUAUUUGCAUCUUGCCUCGCUGCGGCUUUAGCGGAACCAGUUCAUAUGCACUAUCAAGAGCAUGUUUACCACGGACCACCUGCACCUCUUGGAAAGGAUGAUCGUGUAGUUGACACCCCGGAAGUGGCUCACGCUAAAGCAACUCACUUCCAUGCCUACCAAGAAGAAGCAGCCAAAAGUUCUCAUCAUCACUACGCACCAGCCCUCGAACAUGGUGGAUUUGAAAGUGGACAUGGUGGUCACGCUAUUCAUUCUCAAGAUUUCCAAUACCACGGUCCUCCAGCUCCUCUUUCUCACGAUGGAAGAGUCAUAGACACCCCUGAAGUUGCACACGCUAAAGCAGCACAUUUCCACGCAUAUCACGAAGAAUUAUUCAAAGUUAGCCAUUAUCCUAAGAGGGAUGGACCUCAUUACCUAAAAGCUUUCGAUAUAGCAGACAAGAAGAUUCUCAUGAGAAAACUGAAGAAAAUUGGGAUUAGAGGCCGAGUGUUAGGAAUGUUAGAGGAGAUAUAUACGAAAACGGUUAAUGAUGUAAUAACUGGUCAGGGAAUAACAGAGAGCUUCAAUACAACAAGGGGUGUCAGACAAGGGUGUCCUCUCAGUCCAACUCUAGCUUUAGCGGAACCAGUUCACAUGCACUAUCAAGAACAUGUUUACCACGAACCACCUGCACCUCUUGGAAAGGAUGGUCGUGUAGUUGACACCCCGGAAGUGGCUCAUGCUAAAGCAGCUCACUUCCAUGCCUACCAAGAAGAAGCAGCCAAAAGUUCUCAUCAUCACUACGCACCAGCCCUCGAACAUGAUGGAUUUGAAAGUGGACAUAGUGGUCACGAUAGUCAUUCCCAAGAUUUCCAUUACUACGAGCCCCCAGCUCCUCUUUCUCAUGAUGGAAGAGUCGUAGACACCCCUGAAGUUGCUCACGCUAAAGAAGCGCAUUUCCACGCAUAUCACGAAGAAUUAUCCAGUUUAAAAAACAUAAUGUUGUCGACUAUUUCUAUGGUAUUUGGUGCACCCCAAUGGUAUGGUCCACCAGGAGGUUAUGGUGCGUUGAAACCAGCGCCCCUGGGACCAGAUGGUACUGUAGUGGAUACACCGGAAGUUGCUCAGUUGAAAUCAGCACAUUUAUCAGCUUUAGCUGAAGCAGCAGCACGUGCACCAAAAGGACCUGAUGGACCUUCAGCUUACUCCACCGGAGAUUAUAUUCCUCGUUACAGUGGACCUCCAGCCCCUCUGGGAGCAGAUGGUAGGGUGGUAGACACACCGGAAGUCCAACAAGCGAAAGCUCAUCAUUUUACACUUUACAAUGCGGAAGCACAAAAAGCAGCUGCAGCUGCACCAGCCGGACCCGAACAUGGAGGCUGGAAUCCAGCCUGGAAUGGUGUCUGGAAUGGCGGUGCACCCGGCCCAUAUUACGGACAAUAUUAGAAAGAAAAUAAAUACCUGAUGCAAAUCUCGACCUGGAAAUCGAUUUCAGAGCGGAAAAAAUGAAUGAUGACAUUCCUUCCUUAAAUGCCUUAAAACUACCUCGAACGAAAGACUACAAGAUGGUGUCACCUUUUUUAUAUUAAAGGCUGAUGAAUGAGCGACUGCUGUUGAAUAGACAAAAUAAUAUAUUCACUUUCUUCAUAGAA